AUGCUAAAGUCCGCGCUCGUUGUAGCCCUGUUGGUCGGUUGCUGCUUCGCCAGCUGGGAGGAUGAUCUAUACCUCUCGAAGCGUCGCCUUCCUCUUGGUCUAGUGCCACCCAUUCCCCUACCGACUGUUGGCAGUGGUCGUAUCGUCGGUGGAUCGGAGGUUAACAUCGCCAACUUCCCUUACAUCUUGUCGCUGCGCCAGAAUGGUGCCCACAUCUGUGGCGCCUCGGUGAUCUCGGACAAUUACGCCCUUUCUGCUGCCCACUGUACCUUCCCGCCACCAGCACCAGCCGCGAUUUCGCUGCGCGGUGGUAGCAGUGAUAGGACGACAGGCGGUGUCCUGUUCCAGGCAGCCGAAAUCAUUAACCACCCAGAGUACUCCAACAGUAAUCUGGACUUUGACGUGUGCCUCAUUCGCAUUACGACAUCGUUCGUUGGUGCGAACAUUGCCCGGAUCGCCCUGGCCCCAGAAGGUACGGACUAUCCAGCCGGAACGCGCACGGUUGUAUCGGGCUGGGGUCUUACCAGCGCUAUCAGCCCGCUGCCGAUCAAUCUGAUGGCUGCCGAGGUGCCGCUUAUCUCACAGGAAAGCUGCCGCAGCACCUGGGGUGCGGCCAGCGUCACCGAUAACAUGAUCUGUGCCAGCGAACCAGGACGUGAUGCAUGCAAUGGGGACAGUGGUGGUCCACUCACCAACAACGGACGCCAGAUCGGUAUCGUAUCCUGGGGAUCACCCCUGUGCCUCGGUAAUCUACCGGGCGUGUAUGCUCGCGUUGCUGCCCCAGGCAUUCGCGGCUUCAUUCGUGAUAGAACCGGAGUUUAG